CUUCUUACUGUGAAGGUCUUUCCAUAUAUAUUAUUAUUAUUAUUAUUAAUAUUUACUAUCACUUGUUCUCGUGCUAUAAAACAACAUUGAUUAAAUAACAUACGUAUGUAUGUAUAUAUACAUACAUAUACAUUUAAACAUAAGUUAUAAGUUUGUGUAUCGAAUUUAAAUAAGUGACAAAGGUGUUGUGUUACAAAUAAUUUAAAUUAAAAUUUUAAAUAAUAAAUAAAAUAAUUAUUUAGUUUUUUAAAUUAUUGUCAGUAACUGAUAAUAAAUAAAUAAUUUAAAUAUUAAAUUAAGUGAAAGUUAAGGUGCAUAAACUUAAUUUAUUUUACUGACGAUAAUUAUUUAUUCAUCGGACUUCAAUUGUGAUGGUGCAAUUCUAUUUAAUUAUCUUCGUAUAAUUAAGAGAUGGAGUUUCUUUUAUAAAUAUGAUGUGAUAAAAAGAGCGAAGAGAGGUUAAGGACGAGCCCGUAGGGUCUUCGCAAUGGAAGCGGGACCAAGAACGGGCACUUGUCCCAGUGGAGGACAAGCUGGCAAUGUCACUGGUGGACAAGCACAAUUUAUUCAGGCCCACGAUGCCGCUCUGGAAGCCGGUCCCGUUGAAGACGGAAUACUUUUUGCCCGAGUUGAAGUACCAGAGCUACAGGUCACAAAGUGUCUUCAAUUCCCUAAAGAUCAACUCGUAUGGGAUGUUAAGCAGCAAUGCCUCGCAUCUCUGCCAAAGGUGGCCACAUGGUACAGGGAAUUAAAGGAGAGCUUCAACUACGGUCUUUUUUGUCCUCCCGUAAAUGGAAAAGCUGGAAAAUUCUUGGAUGAAGAACGUCGCCUUGGAGAUUAUCCUUUCAAUGGACCAGUCGGCCACUUAGAGCUGAAAUACAAACGGCGAGUUUACAAGACGUUGCAUCUAGAUGAAAAACAGUUAAAAGCCUUACACACACGGACAAAUUACCGGAGAUUGCUUGACUACGUAACCAAUAGCCAAGUUGAGAAAAUAUCAAAAAUGUGUAACAAAGGAUUAGACCCAAAUUUUCACUGUCAAGAAACAGGAGAAACACCUCUAACCCUUGCAACAAGUCUGAAGAAGCCAUCGAAAGUGAUAAUCGCUCUGGUAAAUGGUGGAGCUCUUUUAGAUUACCGAACGAAAGAAGGUCUUACAGCAAUGCACCGUGCUGUUGAAAGAAACAAUAAAGAAGCUGUAAAAACUCUUCUUGAACUGGGUGCUAGUCCAAAUUAUAAAGACACUAAAGGUCUUACACCCCUUUAUUACAGCGUUAUUUACAAAGCAGAUGAAAUGAUAUGUAACGCGCUGCUUCAUGAUCACGCGACAAUCGGCGCUGAAGAUCUUCAGGGAUGGCAGGAAAUUCAUCAUGCUUGCCGAAAUAAUCUCGUUCGGCACCUAGAUCAUCUUCUGUACUACGGCGCUGACAUGAAUGCACGAAACGCGUCUGGUAAUACUCCAUUGCACGUAUGUGCAGUUAACAACACGGAUGCAUCAUGUAUUCGUACAUUGCUCUUCAGGGGCGCGCAAAAAGACAGUUUAAAUUAUGCGAAUCAAACCCCCUACCAAGUUGCCGUCAUUGCUGGUAACAUGGAACUCGCGGAAGUCAUCAAGACUUAUCAAGCUGAAGAUGUUGUGCCACUUAAAGAUCCUCCGAGCUACAAUCCAAAGAGACGUUCAGUGGCUUUCGCUGGCAUGACCACCAGCUGCUCAGCAAGUAAUUUGGGCACCUUAACCAGGAUACCAACUUCAAAUGAAUCAUCUACAUGUGGUACACUAACCCGUACCAUUUCCGUAGAUCAAUAUUCAACCGGAACACUGAGUAGACUUCCUAUGAGCGAGCAUUAUAGCUCUAGUAUACCGUCAUCAUCCUCGUCAUCAUCUUCUAGUAGAAUUCCGUCCGGCAAUGAGCAAUAUAUUAACGAUUGUUUGAUGGCAAGAACACCGUCCACAGAGCAGCAGUAUUCGAGCGCAUCGAUGAGCCGAGUAUCGUCUGGAGAACAUCAGUAUUCUGGUAUAUCGCGUGCUGAGUCGCAUCACAGUAGUCUCAAUCGAGUGCCGUCCAUAGAACAACCACGUGGUGGUAAUAGUACGGGUGAAUGCGGAAAUCUACAGAGAAUACCGUCCGAACAGCAACUAGUAAGCACAAUGGUCCGUCUGCCACAACAAUCAUACUGUCAAAAUCAACAGGGUCAUAAUAAUUUAAAUAGAAAUAAUAAUAAUAACAAUAAUAAUAAUAAUAGUAAUAAUAAUAAUAAUAAUAAUGAAUUACAAAAUAAUAUAAAUCGAUUACCGUCCGAAUAUCAAACCCCCAAUUUACGAGAUCCACAUGUGAGAUCACCAAAUGCGGAGCACUAUCAAAACUUAAGAAUAGAAGGCCUUACGAGACUACAUGAGCAUCAUCAUCAUCAUCACCAUCACCACCGAUUUGGGUUACAACACCGACUAGACAUUCAAGGACGAAUGAUGGAAAUGCCGCCAUCACCAUCACCAAGUAGCCGAAGUUUCGCACCUUUCAGCUCAGCAAGUUCCAGCCUAUCUGAGGGCAGCAACCAACCUUCUGGUGAAGAUUCAGCCAGCAUCGUUACAGACAAAAGUCUCGGGGACACAGCAUCGGACAUCAUUAGUGACAGCUCUGGUGUUGGUACAUCACAGUCUGACACAACGAACUCGCUCUCCAUUCCCGGUACGACGGUGGUCUGCGUCGAGAGUUAUAACAGCGGUAUCGCCGGACACCUGACUAUCAACCAGGGCGACAUUCUCGAAGUCACUGGAGCGACAGAUUGUGGUCUUCUGGAAGGCGUACUCCGAGGUCAAGGCACUGGACUAUUUCCCGCCCAUUGUGUUCAAGAAGUCAGGCUUCGGCACACCAAUAUUCCAUUAGGACCUCAGCAUAUGAGAGAAGGCCGCAAUCGUGUUAUGGGACGUAGGGAAGCGCAACAGAAGUAUUUUGCGACUGCUCCAAGGUUGAAGAAGCCUAUAUGUAUGUUUAGUGCUACUUCAGAGCCGAGAUCUGUCGUACUGCAUCGUUCGAAAAAAGGCUUUGGAUUCAUUCUUCGUGGCGCGAAAACAACACCCUCGAGUUUGGUGGGUUUAGCUCCAGCAGCGCAGUACCUUGAUGAUGUCAGUCCAGGUGGAGUCGCUGAUUUGGCUGGACUUAGGAAAGGAGACUUUCUUAUUCAGAUCAACGGAGAAGAUGUAUCGACUGCUUCUCAUGAACAUGUAGUAGAUCUAAUAAGAAGAUCCGGUGAAUUAGUUCGAAUGACCGUAGUAUCACCAGUAGUAAAUCUUCCAAAUUCACAAUCAACUGCAGCGCUGCCGACUAGUCAACCAACUCAAAGGCAAUACGCGACAUUGCCACGUAAGGGUAGUAAUAAUGUGCCCAUAACCGGGACACUGGGAAGAUCACCAGCACCAAUGCCACCUCGAAGAGAUCCUAAGACUACACUAAGUGUUGGUCGUGCACGAGCUCGGUCAAUGGUUGCUGGUUUAGAAGGUGGUGGAGAAAAAGACGAUCGAGAUGACAUUGGAUCAACUGGAGGUAAAUCCAGCAGUGCUGAGUCAAUCCAUCUUGCCCAGCAGUCAUCAACUGGACCCAAUACCGGACAAAAUACUCCUGUCCAGCCGCGUACUGCUAGCAUUCGUUCUCGGCCAACAUCGAGCCGCAUAACUGCCGCAGAACUUCAGCACGAUUUAUUCGAGACUCGAGCAUCUGCAUUGCUUCGAUUACAGGAACUAUUUCAACGACAGGGAAGCGAAACCGGCCAAUAUGGCCAGACCAUGAUGAGUUCUCACUUUCAGGCUGGACCGGCUACCAAAUCACACCCCUCGUCACCAGCGAAAACGGGCAGAGUCUACGCGAGCGUCGCAGAAAUGAAACGCAAGGGCAAAUCAAAUUCACGGGUACGAUUCUUUGGUGGACUGGGUGGUGGUUCAGAUUUACAUCGAGACUUUCACAGCACGCCUGACCUAAAUAUUCAAGGACAAUCAUCAGCUCUGGCACCCAAAGGUCAUCGUAGUCAAGAAGAUGUUAAUGCACUGAGUAGAAAUGGUUUGCCACCACCAAAUCACCCGCCUCCCCCGCCGCCAGUUGGUCAAGUAAUCAAAGUCAAUGUCGGUGCCAAUGUACCGGAUGUUGUGACUCCUGCUUCUGUUUAUGACAAUAUGGCUCAUAUUCAACAAGUUAAAGAAUUGGCAGCAGCUUCGGAGAGUAAUUACGGAGUAAUGUCAAGCUUCCGACCAGCAAACAAUGCUAAACUUUACGCAUCUCCAGAGGACACCAAGACUGUCGGUUAUCGAUCGCAUAGUUUACCAGGAAAUCCAUCAAGAACGCACUUAAGAAAGUCACAUAGCUUACGUACGUCAAAUAAUACCGGGUUUAAUAAUCAGAACGGACAAAAGAUCGGCAACGGUGUAAUAAAUUCAAACAAUAAUGGCUCUUUGAAUGCCAGUGGCUGUAAUCAAUACGCCCAGCCUUUAAAAACAAAUCGCAGUCACAGUAUAGCCGGUACACGUGAAAUAAAAAAGAAAAUAAUAACCGCCAGUGCAUCAGCAACAAAUUUAUCGGGUAUCGUAUCAGGUCCGCCAAUCCCUGAACCAGACUACAGUCUAUCAGAGUCAGAAAACGAAGAUGAUGAAGAAGAAGAAUUCGAUGUCGGUGAAUCUGAGAUAGCAAAAGAAUUAGAAAAAGCAGCAGCGCGUGAUAAAUUUGAGUCAACACGUGAAACUUCUGGUAAUUCAAAUGCAUCAGGCAGUAGUUCAUCUGGUAGUAGUUCAUUGCCGCAUUCUUUUAGCGUUGAAGAAAUUCAGAAGGUAAGAACGCAAUUAAAGUCAUCAAAAAGUCAUCCGAAUGAGUUUUUAUUGAGCCAGCAAACACAGCAAUUAGAAGACGGUGAUAACAGUUCAAGCGGCGUUAGUUCUGAUCAAGAUGUACCAGUAGGGCCACCAACUGGUUUUGAUGACACAUCAAGAAAUGAUAACAAUAAUCAAUCGAUUGUUAAUACAGACAAAGAUAAUAAUCAUAAGAGAAUGAAUUACAGCAGCGGUAUGCUUACAAGACACGCAGUAAGUCUUGCCCAAUUGCCACCGCCAAUAGAAGCCGAUGCUGAAGAACAGAACAAUGAUUUGUUUGUUCCACCCCCACCAGAAUUUAAUGCCGGUCCAUCUGCCGGUCAGGCUGAUAACAACGAGCUCGUUUUUGCACCACCGCCGCAAUUCUCUGAUAAUCGUCAGCAAAUUCAACAAAAUCGAGUUAAAAUAAUUGGAGCGAUUCCUAAAGUUAUCGGGAACAAUCAAGUUAAGCCACCAACUGGACGUUUACACAGUCAAUAAAUUUAUUUAAAUAUAUAUUUAUGUUAUUGAUUUACAUACUGAUUUAAUUUAAAUGUGACGUAAAAAAAAAACAAGCUGAUGAAUAAUAAAUUAGCAAUAAAUAUUUGAA